AAAACGUCGCCUUAACGCCAACCGUUAGACCGACAUGGACGUUUCGUGACGUCACGAUCGAUCAGAAGCGCGUUUUAGGCGGAAAUAGCGUGUCAUCGCGGCAGGAAGUUUGCUUUUCAACACGAAAGGGCAAAAGGUUCGAAGUGCUGCGAUGGCCCGGUUCGUCGCGACCGUUAAGGCGGUAAUUACGCGCGUCGUGUUCGCGACGCACGGUAUCGUAGGUAUCUGGCAAGUUACGAUUUUCAAGAAGAACUCUUAUUAUUGGUACCUGAGUUCGCCGAUCUUGCUGCUGUUUUUCGAGGGCAUUUUCACGCUCACCAUUAAGGAAAACCAAGAGUGGAAAUGGUUCUGCCCAUCCGUGUUCCUUUACCUUGCUAGCAUUGUGCCGGCAAUAUGGCUACUCGAACUUGACAAGGUCGAUAAGAGGAUGAAAGCGCGCGAGGAGCUGGAAACGCCGAUGAAUUUCACCGAUCCCCAACUGAAGGAGCUUCACAAUCUGAUCGGGGUGGGGAUCAAACUGCCGGACAUUUCCCUCAGCACGGAAACCUGGAUCACCCUGAUCGAGCAGUUCCUCAUGCUGAUCCUGAUCAUCGGCAGGUGGAUGCUUCCGAAGGGAGACCUAACCAGGGACCAGCUCAGCCAGCUGUUGCUCGUUUACAUAGGAACUGCGGCCGAUAUCAUUGAAUUUUUCGAUUCCUUCAAGGACGACAAGAUCGCCGCGGAACCGAUACUGGUCCUCCUCACGUUGGCGAUUUGGUCCUGGAGCCUGAUGCAGUUCACCGUGGUCUUGACAGCGACGAAAUCGAGGAAAUCGCGGCUCACUUCGACACGAUCCACCAUCAAAAAGUCCGGCAGCUGCUGCACCAUCGACGUGUGGGGCAUAGCGCUGAACAUCACCCUCCAAGACGCCCCGUUUCUAGUGUUUCGUCUCCUCCUCAUCACCCACUUCAAAAUCAUCUCCUACAUGAACGUCUUCUUCACGUGCAAGAACACUCUCGUCAUCCUGCUCCAACUCUAUCGUCUGUAUGUCGUCUACAGCGAGCACAAUAAAAAAAGUGAGGACUUUAACCUCACUGACAUUUCGAUCAUAUCCAAGUCAAGCGUAGACGACGGCGACGGCAGGAAACGCAGGAGGCAGCAGGGUGGCGGCAGGCGAGGCAACCCGGGCAGAACGCCAGUGUUGGAAUACUCCAGCGCAGAGGAAGUUGGACACGAUGAAAUCAUCCGCGUCCAAAAAAAACGCAAAAUCAAAGGCGGACGAAAGGAUACGGGCUACUCGACCGGCAGCUCGCACACGAGCGCUCGCCGCCAGAUGUCGCACGAGGCGUCGACGAGAAAGCAACGGGGAUGCAAAACGUUAUCGCGUAGCGACAGAGAGACGCGGGAGGGCGGCAGGAGACCUCGAGACAAUUUUGCGGAAGAGAGCGACGCGGAGGAGCCGAAAAUGAGACGGGCGCAUAAGAAAAUAGCGGCGCAGCCGCCCACGACUAGCGACGACGCGUCGACCGAAUGACGUCACCAGCUGGCCAUCAUGGCGAUCUUCUGUCUGUACCUGUUUAUAUUCGUCUGUUGUCUGUUCUUCAUUUACUGCGGCGUGAACACCGAGGGCCUGGUGAUCGCGAAACUGAACCGGGGCAAUAAAACCGUCGUUU